UUGGCAACGGAAGUGGUGUUGUUCCCCAGUCGUUCUGACUCACACAUACGAGGUAGCAACUGGUUAGUAAGCAUUUAAAAGUGUUUCCAGCAUCAAAAUGUCUGGUUGUUGCGUAUACGGUUGUCAGAAUCGAUAUUCCACCGGCGGACUAAAGUUUUAUAGGAUUCCGACAGGAUCACGACCAUUUCAGAGCAACCGGCGGCGUCUGUGGCUGCAGGCGAUUCAACGUGUUGACUGGAAUGAGGACAUAAUCAAAAAUGCUCGGGUCUGCAGCGCCCACUUUAUAUCAGGUGAGGCGUCAUUGGACUCUAGUAGUCCCGAUUUUGUGCCUUCUGUGUUUGUGUACACAAAACAAAGCCAGAACCCCGAUGCAAAGAUGGACAGGUACCAUAGGAAAAGGAGGAGAGAUGACAGACCUAACACUGCAGCAAAUCAACCUGUUCCUUCUGAAACUCCAGAACAAGAAUGCAGCAUGGAUCAUUGUUCUGAGGAUAUCCCGGUUCCAAAGAGAGAGUACGAUGAUCUGAACCUGAGACACAGUCAACUUCAGGAGGACUAUGUCAACCUGCGACAGGAGUUUGACACACUACGAGCUGAAAAUGUAAAGCUGAAAGAGGAGCUGCAAAAAUCUACAUUUUCCUACACCACUGUCAAGUGCAACAUUGUACAAUUGAUUUUUCUCACAGGACUGACCUCUGUGGUCUUUGAGUGGCUGCUUACAAAAAUAACUGACAGCGUAGAAAUAAUUUGCAAAAAACAUACAGUAGAGGACCACAUAUUGGUUAUAUUGAUGAAAUUAAGGUUGGGCCUAUCUAAUACUGACUUGGCAUAUAGAUUUAAGGUAUCAAAAACCACCAUAUCAAAUAUUUUGCGGAGCUGGGUCCCUGCUAUGGCCUUGAUCCUCAAGCCACUCAUUAAAUGGCCAAGUAAGGGGGCAGUACUUAAAAAUAUGCCAAAGAUAUUCAAGCGCAACUUUAAAAGAUGCCGGUAA